AUGGCUCAUGAAGCAACUACAAUGCAUAGAACCGUAGCAACAGAUCUUACAGAAAUCGACUACAACAAUUGGUUGAUGAUGGGCAUUCACACAAGCUCCGAUUGGCGCAAGAUUCCAUUUCCUGAUCUCUUCAACGAUGAGGAUCCUGCUCAUCUAAAGAAGGUCCUACUCGACGAGGAUGACGAUCCCAUCGAUUUAGCUCGGACAGGAUGUCAUGUGCUUUCUGGAAUUAUCUUAUGUGCCAGAAAAAUCAACAUCAAAUGA